AUGGGGUAUCCCGUCUUCCAGCCUUGCUCCAGUCUCUUAUGCCAGCCAAUAUUCGGCAUUACCGUAUUCAUGGGCUCAUUGCCUUCCUCCCCCUCACAGUCUCUCAUAUCCAAACACAACUCCAGCCACGACUAUGCACAUCCCCGUACCCUGUCCACACUGGUUGGCUGCGGCAGUGACCCUGACAACUGCCCUCCGCAUUGCUCGCCCAUCACCUACCGGCCCUACGCCCUCUACUCUCAUACCUUUGCCCACACCUACCUCAGCUGGACGGUGUACCUACCUGACAGACUGUGGGAGUCACUUCAAAAAUUGCACUACGAUUUGCAAAAACAUCAUGACAGCAGCAAGUGCUAUUCCCUCCACCAGUGUUCCACUGCGCUGCCCCUCCUCUACUUACACGGGUUCACGCCGCCGGAGGGUCAAUCGCAGUCACCACUCACAUGUAAACAGGUCAUCACCAUGCUGCAGGAAACUGUCAACGGCAAGCCUAUCGCAUCACUCAUGACCGCCAUGGACGAUUUCCUCUACAGAGUCCGGGAGCCAUUCAUCUACACCAUCGUGGCAUUGUGGUCGGCCGCAUUGCUGGUCAUCGCCAACACGAUGCUAUACCGCCUGGACGUGCUGCGUAUACGAUCAGACCUUAUCCGCACCAAGGCUUCCUACCACAUCGACGUCAAGGCCUUACUCACGAAAGGCCGGAAUAUGCUUUCACUUUACAAAGACGUCGACUACUUCGACGAGGACCUGCUUCGGUAA